GUUUCCUUUUGCUUACAUGUUGUAAUGUUGACCUUUCUAAUGUUUACAUUUUGUCUUCAACCAUACAACUCUCUUCUACUUUUAGUCUGUUUCGAUCAGUCAAGUUGUGACAAUGUCUACUUACAGCAACCGCGAAUACGUCGAAAUGAUAAAAGCUUUAGGAGUUUGUCAUGGAAAUCCAACAGCAGCAGCUGAAUAUUAUAAAGAACAAUUUCCAAAUCGUCGUCUUCCGGACAGAAGAGUGAUACAGAGGGCAGAACAAAGAUUAAUUGAGCAUGGUUCUUUUCACAAUUACCAUAAGUCUGGUGGCAGUAGGAGAUCUCUAAAUUUAGAAACAGAAGUUCUUAAUACCGUUGCUAAUAAUCCUAAGAUAAGUAUACGAAAACUUAGUGCUCGUCAUAAUACCAGUAUCAGAACUGUUGGUCGCAUAUUACGCGAUAACAAAAUGCAUCCGUAUUCAAUACUCGGAGUCCAAGCACUCGAACAACCUGAUCGUUUCGCACGAUUAAGCUUCUGCGACUGGCUGCUUCAACAGCAUGAUAACGAUAAUCAAUUUACAUCGUACAUUUUCUGGACAGAUGAGUCAACUUUUACACGAGAUUUUGCAAUUAAUCGACGCAAUAUACACUGGUGGUCAUCUACAAAUCCGCACCUAAUUCAAGAAAACCACUUUCAAAGGAAAUGGACUAUUAAUGUAUGGGCAGGAAUAAUUGGCUCGUACAUCAUAGGACCAUACUUCCUUCCAAAUAAGCUGAAUGGGGCAGUUUACUUGCAGUUUUUACGUGAAGAACUGCCGUCAUUACUGACAGACAUACCUUUGUCUAUUGUACAGAAAUUAAUCUUUCAACAUGAUGGAGCACCACCUCACUUUUCAUGA